CAAGCACCCUGCGGAUUUUUUAAGCAACUUAACCGAUGAGUUGAAGUUUACAAACUUCCUUUUCCUCCCACCCCUUGACCUUCAAAAUACUGUCGCACCAAGAAAGCUUAUGGUGCGAUGUGUAAAGAAAGGAUCAUCCAGGCUGUUCGAAUUAAUGCGGCACUUUAUUAUCUGCAAGGCUAAUCUUAUCCAACAGGUACCAAGAAGCCGAUCAUGCUUUCUUGAAUUUGCUUCUGUAUCUGCUUCAUCAAUGUCUCUAAUAUUGACACUCCUCAGAGAGAUGCUGGAAUACUUUGGGAUUCCCAUAGACCAGAUUUUGCCGAUUUGGGAAAAUAAAGAAUACGGAUCAACUCGAAGUAUUGUUCGCAUAAUUGGGAGAAUUCUUCCUUUAGAACCUUGCCCAAGGCCUAACUUUGAGUUGACCCCGCCCUGGAGCCCCAUCGCCUCUGCCCACGGUGACUCUACACUGCCACCCUUGGCUGACAUUUUGUGCAUGGCAAAUGAGGAAGAAGCCAGUCAUCUCCGAUUUCGCCACGUGAAGAUUGCUGCCCUCGAAGAUGAGCUGGCGUCUCUGCGGGCCCAGAUCGCUGCCAUCGUGGGGAGGCAGGAGCUGAGAAGCAGCGUGAAUUCUGGCCUCUCGGACUUGAAUGAAGGGCCUGGUGAUUUGGGACCAAUGCCGCCAUCAGAGACUGCUCAGCUGAGGGUCAAAGGCCAUCAGCUCCCUCGGGAGCACCCCUCUGUGCCACCACCUCCUCCCCCACCGCUUCCUGCCCCGCCUGCUCUGCAGGCCCCGGGCGCCCCGACUAGUGUACAACCUGGACCUCAUACAUGGGACGCAGACCGCUCAGCAAGGGAAACCACCCAGCAGCCCCUGGGUGCCGGGGAAAGCCGUGGUCCCCGUCACGUGCACACCCAGAGGAGGAACGAUGUCCCCAAUAUGUUAGAUGUGCUGAAGGACAUGCAUCAAGUCAAGCUUCGCGCCGUGGAGCGGUCACCUGGAGGUAGACCUAUUCAUAAGCGGAAAAGACAGAACCCACCUUGGGACCCAGUGUCUUUAAUAUCUCAUGCGCUGAAGCAGAAAUUUGCAUUCCAAGACGACGAUUCCUUUGAGAGAGAAAAUAGGUCUUGGGAGUCUUCUCCGUUUUCUAGUCCCGAAACAUCAAGGUUUGGACAUCACCCCGCAUAGCUCGGACAGUCACAGAAAGGAACUGACCCGCACAGACGGUGCUGACCGAUCGGCAGUGGGAGCUGGGUGGGCACUUGCCCAGGAAAGGGGCAGCAAUGGCUGCCCGUCGGCCGCUGGAAGGAGCUCACCCUCUGUGGACAGACGCCGGCACACUCACUCGAUUGUGGAAGAUCUCUGGCUACUGAGGGCACUUAGUUGUGUGGGGAUUUUUGUGGUUUUUUUGGUCUAUGUUAAUAUUAUUGAUAGCUGAUUACACACUUGGAAUGCUUUUCCUAAGAGCUAAAUAUUAAAUGACUUUAAUGCCUUAUUAUUCAUUUGAGAGUGAGAUUUUAGAAACUAUUUUAAUGGAUUAAGGAAUUAAUGUGAAUAAGUCUAUAGUGUACUCAGCAGAUAUAAGAUGUUUAGAUUCUCUAACAGCGUCUUAAAGCCAAUUAUGGCUCAUUUUAAUAAGCUUUGCAUCUUUGAGAAAUUGGCAGGGAUCUGGUUUACUUGGCUUCUAGCAACUUGGACAUUUUCAAAGAGGAUAAUUUUAAUGGCAUAUUAAAAUUCUAAUAAUCAUAAUUUGAGUCAUAGGUCAAUGCACCACAUAAUUCUUCCUGGGAUGCUAAAUAUAUUUUCUAUAAACUGAUUUUGCCUGUUAUAUGAUAGAAGUAUUUAAAGAAUCUAUUGCUUCUUGAUAAAUUUUGCAUACACUGGUUAAAUAUAUGUGCCUAUUAUUUUUGUAAAACAUGUCAAUUGAACUUGACUGGGUUUUGUUGCAAUUGAAAUUCAAGUUUUCUCUGUGUACUUUUCAUUCAUAAAGUCUGAACUGUGAGUUCUGUAGGUCAUUCCUUGGGAGAUACCAGUGAAACGCACAAAAGCCCAGACUAGAUCCUC